AUGGUGAAAAAGAAGAACGAAAAAUGGUGGAUGUGCGUAGAUUUCACAGAUUUGAACGAAGCAGGCCUAAAGGACUCAUUCCCGCUACCCCAUAUCGACCAACUCAUUGACGCAACAUCCGGGCACGAAUUGCUGAGGUUCUUAGACGCAUACUCAGGCUAUAACCAGAUCCUCGUGGAGGAGGAAGACCAGGAGAAGACCACAUUCAUCACCCACCAAGGAAUGUAUUGCUACAGGGUAAUGCCCUUCGGACUGAAAAAUACGGGGGCGACAUAUCAAAGGUUGGUGACAAGAAUGUUCAAAGACCAACUCGGCAAAACCAUGGAGGUCUACAUAGACGAUAUGCUGGUCAAAUCCAGACAUAAAGAAGAUCACAUCGACCACCUGAAAGAGGCCUUCGACAUACUCAGGCGAUACGGUAUGAAACUAAACCCCGAGAAGUAUGCGUUUGGCGUGACCUCAGGAAAAGUUUUUGGUUUCCUGGUUCAAAGGCUGACCGGACGCAUAACCGCCCUGUCAUGGUUCAUCUCACGAUCGUCUGAUAAGUGUCAUAAAUUUUUAGGCGUACUCAAGAAAGACAACAAUCUUCUAUGGUCAUCAAAGUGCGUUCAAGCCGUGAAGGAGUUAAAGGCUUAUCUAUCAUCACUGCCAUUGCUCGCCAAAGCAGAACCUAGAGAACGUCUUCUCGUCUACCGCCAUAUCCGAAGUAGCAGUGAGCGCAGUCCUGGUCCGAGAAGACAAAGCACAAAAAUAAUGCCUGAAGUAGAAAAGGAAGCCGCCCACGCGUCCCCGCAAACACAAGAUCAAUGGAUUUUGUACACUGACGGCGGUUCCAAUGCGUCAGGGUCCGGACUGGGACUCGUACUCGAGGUCCCGACAGGGGAAGUAAUUCGCCAGUCCAAAAGGUAUCCGAACAUGACUAACAAUGAGGCCGAGUAUGAGGUCUUGAUUGCAGGAUUAAGGCUAGCACUCAAGUACGGAGCGAGGCGGGUCAUCCUACACUGUGACUCACAAUUCGUCGUCAACCAAGUCACAGGGACUUUCCAGAUCAAAAAGCAAAGGCUGCAAAAGUACCAAGCCAAAAUCUACAAAUUACUGCCUGAGUUUGAUGAAUGCCAGCUCGACCGAAUCCCUCGGGCACAAAACACCAAAGCCAACGGCCUCGCCAAAUUAGCGGCAGCCACCAAAAGUAUAACCGGCGAAGGAAACGUUGUCACCCUCCACUCGUCGAUAGAUCAAAUUGAGGUUGUGCGGCCGCAUAAUCCUGUGUGCGGUCCACACUUUGAGACUGACUGGUCAGGUUGGCUUUCUGUGGUCGCAUAA